UGAUGAGUGCGAUGUGCGAUCCGAAAAGGUUUCGAGUCGAACGAGCAUAGCAUCCAGCGACGAGAGUAAUUGGGAAAUACCAGUACAGCGAAGUCUGUUGGGCUGCCUGUCGACGGAAAUAACGAUCGUGGUCCCAUACACUAAUUAGAUUAGAUUAGACAAACCUGAUUAGUUCGCUUUGCAUUGUGGUGGCAGGGACAGGGGCAGUUGCAGGGGAGAGGAGCGGACUCGUGCUGUCGAUUCUUUGUUUGUCUUCUCAGAUAAAUUUGUGUAGAGAGUAAAGCUCGAAGCUUGCGGAGCAACUUUCUUGCGUUGUGUUGUCGCUAAAAUUUAAAAAAGGAAAUGGGCGUGACCUAAAUGGAAGCUACCUGCCGCACGACCACACCCGCGCGAGCUAUUCGGUUGUUGUUCAAUUACGGGCAUUUUUUGCUGCAUUCAUUCAUUUGUUUAAUUUUUUGCGGAUCGGCUGUGUACAUUUUCGUGUGUCAGUUUGCUUUCGAGACAAUAUGCAGAAGUCACAACGUGGUCUGUGCUGGAUGCUGUUUUUGUUGGGCUCACUGAUCCUCACCUUAACGCUGGCCUUCAGUUACUGGAUGUUUGUUCCACGGGAGGUGCACUUAUGGUCGCUGAUUUCGCGCAAUUACAGCGAGCCAGAAGCAAAAUUCUCCAUACUCCCGGGGAUGGUGCCAGAGGGACUCAAGCUGAAGCACGGGCCGCCCUUCGUCUACCAGAUAUUACAUUAGUCCAAACGCACAACAGGGUAUAAUGCUAUGUAAUCGUAUUCUAGUUUAACAAUAAAUUAUAUGUACGUUAGAGCUUGGGAAAGCUAACAAGCAUCACAAGUGAAUGGCAACUUCGACCAUCAAA